AUGUCAGUUUGCUGGUAUAAGGUGUUUGAUUGGCUCUGCCUUGCCGUCUGCUUUGUGCAUCUCGCGUCGAUUUUCGACGCCAUCACGAAGCGAGCAGGGUCUGCAGCUUUCAAGACUUCAAGCCUUGUUGCCAAGAUGUCAGGUCAGCUCGUGCCGAGGUCAUCUUUUGACAUCUCACCGGUUUCUGGUGUGGAGAAGGAAGGGAGGUUGAUUGUUUUGUACAAAAAGAAGAAUUGCGGAUCUUCAGGCCGGAGUAAAAGCCCGCACUUUGAAUACUCGUUACCCACUCCACCAUUGGGAUCGGGUGGUCUAGACACCUGCGGGAGUCGAGUCAAAGAAAUCGCGCUCCCGCCAAGUCGACAGUUGAAUCCUUUCAGACCCCAGCCUACAGGACCGCUAGAUGCGUUUCCCUUAGAUUCAGAUGCUACAUGGUUGAAAUUACGUCAGACCAACCCCACUUUGGCUCGACGCGACGCUCAACUUUCCCCCCACUGCCCAUCCGACAGCAAUGCGAUGCCACAACAAGGUUCGACGACCAUCUCUCCAUUAACCACCUUCCUCCUUGUCUGCCUCUUUGUGCUUGCCCUCUUUCCUGGUAGCUUUGUGUCCAUCUUCUGGCUCCCCUACAACUCACUAGCCAACUACCUGGUCCCUGCCGUCCAACCGCGCCGCAGUGUCGUGUGCACGAGUCCGGAUAUCUGCAUCUCUACUCCUACCAUGUCUUGGUUCCAGAAAUCCCUCACCUUGCCCUCGCGCAGUCGUGGCUCCUACUUAGUCACCGACCACAUCACCAAGGAACUACCUCAGAUCAAAGAGUACAAGACUGGCCUACUCAAUCUCUUCAUCCAACACACCUCCUGCGCGCUCUCGCUGAAUGAAAACUACGACCAGGAUGUGCGCGCAGACAUGACCGACGCGCUCGACCGCAUUGUACCAGAGGACAAGAAGGGCACUGGGUUGUAUCGUCACGACGAUGAAGGCAGCGAUGACAUGCCUGCACAUGUCAAAUCAGCCUUGAUCGGAGCGAGCGUAACGAUCCCAAUCACGAACGGCAGACUGAAUACGGGUACAUGGCAAGGUAUCUGGUACCUUGAGUUCAGAGAUAUGAAGCAUACUCGCAAAGUAGUAGCUACGAUCCAGGGUGAGAAGAUGUAA